AUGCUAAUCAGCUGCUUGAGUAAAAUUCGAUCUGUAAGGCAUUUCUCUGCCAUUAAACCUAUUUCAUCCAAGGAAGUUUCACGACGAAUAAUUGUCGCACCUGCAUCACACUUCAAGAUACCCAGUAAAAAUUUGAAAACCAACAUUCCUAUUCAUGAAUACAAACAAUUACCAGAUGAUUCGAACUAUAUUGAAAAACAUUAUAAGGAAUUACAAAUAUUUUUGAAUGAGUUUUUGAUCAAGAAAUUAAACAAAACUUAUGCGGACUUUGAAGGUGAUCCAGACGAACUAGUAUUUCAACUAGAAAAAUAUAUCGAACUAGAAGUGACUCCGAAAUAUACAAACAAUUUCAAAUCAGACAGUUGUGAAGGAAGAUUCAAAUCCGUUGGAGAUAGGAUAGUCGUUGAUCGCUACUUAGACUUCGUAAAAGAUGUCAGAUUAACAUUAUUGUUAAAUGGAGGACAUGCAUUUAUAUUUGAUGUCAUGCUGCAAGCCAAAGAAGUUUUUGAUAAAAUGCAGGAAGAGUAA